UGUCCUUGAAUCUGACCUAAGUUCUGGAUAUAGAAAGCGAAACCUGACGUGUUUUUCGUUGGAAACCGGAUAUCUGUAGGUGGUUCUUAAAUCGCUGGUGUAUAGUGAGUUUUCUCAAAGCUCUGUCUAUCAGUCUAGACGACACAUUACAGUUGCAGGAAAAUAAGAACUGGCAGGAUGGCUUUCUAUCAACAACAGCCAUUUUAUAACCCGAGAGUCCCAUUCAGUGGUCCAAUCCAAGGAGGCUUGCAGGACGGGAAGAGUAUUAUCUUAAGUGGACGGGUUUUACCAGGGGCUAACAGAUUUCAUGUGAACCUUCAGUGUGGUUCUCAUUCCGAUGCUGAUGUUGCUCUGCACUUUAACCCUCGCUGGGAGAGCACUGGGUAUGUAGUGAACAACACCUACCAGAACAGGAACUGGGGCUCAGAGGAACGCAAGUAUGAAUCUCCCUUCCCUCAAGGCCAAACAUUCACCCUCCAGAUCCUUGUCGCCCACGACAAAUACAAGAUAUCUACUAAUGGGAGACACUUCGUGGACUAUAAACACCGUAUUCCCUUCACUCGGGUGGACACUAUCUCAGUGGAGGGGAUGGUGGAGCUGAAUUCUGUUGCAUUCCAGAAUCCAGCGCCUUAUUUACCCCCACAACCAGCCUUUCCAGGUUAUGUACAACCACAAGUAGGAUUUCAGCCUCAGUAUGCUGCACCUCCAGGAUCUGCGUUUCCUGCAUACCCAUCUGCACCAGCUUAUACCGUCCCAUACAAAUCUGUCAUCAAUGGUGGACUUCACGCUGGAAAAAACAUUGUCAUCCACGGAGUGGUCAACCAUAAUGCUCAGAGAAUAGCGUUUAACCUGCGCUACAGAAGUGGGAUCGCAUUUCACUACAAUCCUCGUUUCGAUGAGAAUGUGGUUGUGCGCAACACCAAUCAGAUGGAGAGGUGGGGAUCGGAGGAACGGUCUGGAGGCAUGCCGUUUCAAAGAGGACAACCAUUUCAGGUCACCAUCUCUUGCAAUCCCCACCAUUACAACGUGUUUGUCAAUGGCAAACAAGUACACACGUACAAACAUCGCUAUACAAACCUGAGCGACAUUGAUAUUUUGGAGGUUAGCGGAGAUCUGCAGCUGACUUUAGUGCAGGCCUAACAGGGACCUGUGCCAUUUAGAUCAUAAAUCAAGACAAGACAAGAGAAAGCAUUGCUAAAUGUUUAAGAGGAGUAUUGCAGCUGUGAACAGCACUGUGACUUUGCUAUUUUGAAUAAAUAUAAAAUGUUUUUUUUUUUUUAUUAUUUCUUCUGUAUUAUGCAUGUUAUGUAGGCUAUAUAGAAGACUUAUACAGUAAUUGCCCGUCUCUAUAGAAACUUUCAUCGCUCUUACUGCAUGUUUAAAAUAAUAAACUAGUAAUAAACCACAGAUAAACAGCAGAUUAUAUAUAAGUAUACUUUAUGUAUCCAUCAAAAAUUCAUCCUAACCUUUUUUAUAUUUAUUCAAAAUAGCGUUGUUAGUGUUUCCCCAUUAACAAGCUUUUUAUUAUUAUUAAGUAGCCUAAACUUCUUUUUGUUAAUUGUGAUUUAUUACUUAAAUUGUCCAGGUAUAUUCACCCUGGCUCUUUCUAAAGAUGUAGGCCCUUUGUAGCUUGCUUUGGCUUAUAUGUGGCUAAUGCGUGGCCAAAAUUGAAUUGUGGGGCCACAUUUUGUAAUGUCAAAAUGCUUAAAAAUGAAGUUAAUGAAGUUUUUAAUCAAACAGGAUGUAAUAAAUACAAAUAUGUGUCCUGUCUCUGUUAACAUUAUAUCUACAUUUAACUCAAGGUGGCAGUAGAGAUCCAUAAGAUGAUCACUUUGGCCUUUUACUGUGAACUUUAAUAUCUAUCAACCACUAUUUUCAUGAUUAAAAACAAAGUUGUUUUUCAAA